AUGGAUGCACCUGCUCCGAGCUCAAAGAAGGAGCUCCAAUCAUUCCUAGGGAAAGUAAAUUUUCUAAGAUGUUUCAUCUCUAACUCGGCAGGCAAAAUUCAGCCGUUUUCUUCACUUUUGAGAAUCAAGGUCGAAGAUGAGUUUGUUUGGAAAACAGAGCACCAAGCGGCAUUCGAUCUACUUAAGCAAUACUUAUCAAACCCACCCGUCUUGGUACCCCCAGUACGUGGAAGGCCUUUGAAGUUAUACAUAUCGACAUUGGAUAACUCAAUAGGAAGCCUACUAGCGCAAGAUAACGACAAUGGCAAGGAAUGUGUUAUGCAUUACUUGAGCCGGAUCCUCACUGAUGUGGAAACUCGGUACAUGCCUAUUGAGAGGCUUUGUCUUGCAUUGUUCUUUUCAGCAAUCAGGCUUCGGCACUACAUGUUACCCUCGGUCGUCCAAGUCAUAUCCAAAACUAAUUUAGUAAAGUACAUGCUGACUCGGCCUGUCAUACGAGGCCGAAUUGGAAAAUGGACCAUAGCAUUGUCUGAGUUUACGUUUCAAUAUGUGUCUCAAAAGUCCGUCAAGGGCCAAGCAUUGGCCGAUUUUCUAGCUCAUCACCCUUCGACCGAGUUUGAGGGAGCUGAGGAGAUUGAUAUUGGGGCGGUAUACGUGGCUUCCAUGACCAACAACCACUGGACCAUGUAUUUUGAUGGGUCUAGUACUGAGUUUUCAGUCGGAGCUGGUGUUGUCAUUGAAACGCCUGAAGGACAAAAGUUCCAGUUUGCUUUCCAAUUAGACUUUACAUGCACAAACAAUCAGGCAGAAUAUGAGGCUCUUAUUGUUAGGUUGGAGAUUCUACAAGAGAUAGGAGCACGACAGGUUCUGGUGUUUGGAGACUCUCAAUUGGUCAUAAACCAAAUGCCUAAGGAAUUCAAAUGCACAAGUUGGAGACUUUUAUCUUAUCAACCCUUAGCUGACCAGCUCACCAACACGUUCGAUAGAAUCUCUUUUGCCCACCUCCUAAGGGGACAGAACAUGGAGGCCAAUGAGAUGGCCCAAUUAGCCUCAAGGUUACGAAUCCCCAAAGUAGACGACUCCCGAGUCAUCAAGAUUGCCAAACGUACCCUCCCAGCUUUAGAAGAAAGAGGAGUCUCAGAGGAUGUUUUUGUUAUCGACAUGGAACCAAAUGAUUGGAGACUCCCCAUCAUCAAGUUCCACAAAAAUCCUCAAGGCAAUCAUGAUCGGAAGACUCGGUGCUUGGCUGGACAUUUCGUUAUAUACAAAGAAGCAGUAUACCGCAAAAGCUCCGAUGAUCUACUCCUUCUUUGUAUAGGGGGGCAAGAGACUUUGGAAGUCAUGAGAGAUGUCCACGAGGGGAUAUGUGGUGCACAUCAGGCCGGAAUCAAAAUGAGGUGGUUAAUUCGAAGGCACGGCUUUUACUGGCCGACAAUUCUAAAGGAUUGCAUUGAAUUCGCAUAG